AUGGAGACGGAUGGACUCGGACAGACAAAGCACGGACGGACUCGGACAGACAAAACACACACCAUCUGUGUUUUGUGUGUCUGCGCUCGUCCGUGUUUUGUGUCCGUCCCCGUCCGUGUAUUGUCUAUCCGAGUUCGUCUGUAUUUUGUCUGUCCGAGUCCGUCUGUUUUGUCAGUAUCGUUCGUUUUGUCCGUCUUCGUCCGAGUUUUGUGUCAGAAUCCGUUCGUUUUGUUUGUCCGUCCAUCCGUUUCCAUUUUUCUUCCUUUUUUCUCCAUUUUCCUUUCAAUUUAUUUUAAUUUUGUCCGAAUCUCGUCCGUGUUUUGUGUCCGUCCCCGGCUCCUGGCUAAGCAACCUCUUCGAAUUUUUGCAGUUAAUGAAAAAAGAUUCCGCCCUUCUUUUGGUAGGGCCCCUGACCCUUGA